AUGUGGGAAAAAGGUGUUGUGGUUGGAAUACCUCCGACUGGAAAUGUUAAAUUUGUAUGCACCCCGCAUGAUGUAUGUCAAAUCUUCUUGAUCCCAAAAAAAUCCCAAAAAUAUUUUUUUGCAGACAGUAAUACUUCAAAGUGAUGUACCAGCUGGAAAAGAUUUGGAUAUCGGAAAAUGUCUGGAAUUUCGAGCCGUCGAGCUGCCUUUUUAUACAAAUCCGUUUUGUAGCCGAAGAAUUGUGGAGAUUCGAGAAUGUGAACAGUUUUUGCGAUGGGAAAGACAAAAACGGCGAAAUGCUGCGCUCUUAGUUUGCAAUAUUCAAGAAGUUUCGCUCAAAUUUCAUCCAGCGGCUGGGAAAACUGUCAGAUGUCUACACACUGAUUUUCUAGAGGAAGUCUACGACACUGAUAUUGAUUAUCCCCGAACUUUCAAAUACACUGAUGAACAACUUCGGAAGAUGAGUGUUGUUGCGAUUCGAAUUGUUGAAAAUGAGAAGAAGAGUGAUAUGUGGAAGGUUUAUGAUAUUGUACCGAAAAUGGGUUUGAUUCGUGACGUCAUUGAACAUCGGAUGAGUGGAGUUAUUUUGACACAUGGAACUUUGAAACAUGGCAAAGAUGAGUUGUAUGUUUGGGUUCCUGGAAGACCGAGAGAUGUUAUGUUGCCUGUUAGUUUGAGGUGAGUUUUUGAACUUUGAAAAUAAUUAUGAGGAGAUUUCGGACUCUCUGAAGAGCACAAAAAUGAGCCAAAAUUUGAGAAAUUUGUGAAAAUCGCGUUUUUGAGAAGAUUUUAUCCAAAAACUGAGUAGAGGAGGGUCGAUUUAGUGAAUUUAAAAGAUUUUUCUGAAAAUUUUCAAAUGUGCAAUACAUCUGUUAAGAGCUCAAAGCCUAUUUUUGAGCCACAUAUUUUUUUUUUGGAAAAUUUUGAAUUUUCUAACCAAAAGUUGUCCGGAAAACGGAAAGUCGAAAGAUUUCCGGAUUUUUUGAACCGGAAAAUUCGGAAAGCAACUAAUUGCCACGUUUUAUAUUCAAAAAAUCGUAAGAUUCUGAAAAAAAAAAUGAAAAAAUGUUAUUUUUUAUCACAAACUGGGGAAAUUUCUCAAAAUUUAGGAAAAAAAUCAUUUUUCGGAUUUUCCGAGCACAUUUUCAGGAAAAUCCGGAAAUUCAGAAAAUUUCUGGCACAGACUUGCUUCAAAACAAUUUUCGGGUUUAAAAAUCCGGAAAAAAAUCGUAAAUUUCUGAAAAAUUAAAAAAAAAAUUUCGAAAAUUCUAUUUUUUAUAAAAAAACUGGGGAAUUUUCUCAAAAUUUAGGCAAUAUUGAAGAUAUUACUAUUUUUUCCGGAAAAUCGGAAAAACUGGGAAAUUUACGGCACAAAAAAUUUUCGGAAAAUUUUCUUCCCAAAAUUCAUCACUAAUUACUAUGUGUUAUUUAUUGAUUCUAUUGUAACGCGGUCAUUUUUUCUCUCUCUGUCUGUCUGUGUCUCCAUCUUCUCCACACUCUCUCUCUCUCUCAUUCAUAAAAUCCAUCUGUUCUUCCUACUCUUGUUUAUUUUUUGGCACUCAACAACGCAUAUUUUUUUGCAGAAAAAACAUCAGUCGCCAAGAGUUUUAUGGGAAAUGGGUGUCAUUUUCAAUGAAUCAUCCGGUUUUCAUGGACGAAAAAAGUGAUGUUCAAAUCAUCGACGAUGUUUUGCCAACAAGAUAUUAUUCGGGAAGAUGGGAAGUUCGAGUUCCAGUUGAAUUCAAUGAGAAUAGUUAUGAUGAAGGUCGGAGAAAUUUGGAAUUGGAUAGUGAAGUUUGUGGAACAAUUGUGGAUUGCGAAGAUGUUCUUCGGAAAUUCGGAAGGUUGGGGAGUUUUGAAGAUCAGGCGUGGGUUCAUAAUUUCUUCUAUGAUCCGGCUAGAAAUAUUCGAUUUUUGUUGUCAGAUCGGCAAGAGGAAUGGGAAAGGUAGUGUAAAUUUUGGGAAUUGCUCAUAAUAUUUCUUUAUUUCAGAGCUCGCAGACAAUAUUUCGAUGAUGAAAAUCGAGACGAUCAAAAAAUGGAUGAGUUGGAAAAAGUGCGAAACAAAGUGAAGAGUUUGAAGCUAGAAUACAAUUAUUUCUUGGAAAAGAAUGAUUCGGUUCCCAAAGAUUUGAUGGAGGAAUUGAAGGAUACUGUAGCUCAGGAGAAUCGAUUGAUAGGAGUUUUGAAAUAUGAUGCUCCAGAUGAUAAUGAUAUAGAUAAAGAGAGAGAUAGAGAUAGAAGGGAGAUAUCAAGAAGAGAAAUGGCGACAAGUGAAGUUAAGCGAGAGGAGUUGGAAAAUUGUAGAAAGGUUAGUCAAGUUUUUGGGAAAUGAAAUACUGUGGCUAACAUGAGCAAUGGGUCAUUUUUCAUGAAUUUAGGGUGAUUCUAGGGCAAAAUUCAUGGUUUUUGGGCUCAUUUUCACCCAAAAAUCCUAAAUUUAGGCUCAUUUUCCCCAUUUUCAACUCAGAAUACCCUACCAUUCUCAUUACACUAUUCAAACAUGACCUGCGGUUAAAAAAAAAAGAAUUUUUGACUCAAAACUCACAGUUCGCAUCAGUUUUCUUAUUCAAAUAAUAGGGUUGAUUCACGAACGAAAAAAAUGUUUAAAAAAUUUUUUUUUAACAUUGAAAGAUCAAUUCACGAAGUCGAAAAAACAUUGUAGGUCAAAAUUAGUUUUUCGAGUUUUUCAGCCAAAAAUGAUGACAAAUCGAUUAUUUUUCAAGCUUCUGGAGUAAUUUCUGAUGAAAAUAAGCUUCGAGAACCCUAUUUUGCUUUUUCAAAAUUCAAAUAAAAUUCAAAAUGUUUUAUUUUACGAAAAAUCAGCAAAACCUUCUGGAAAGUGAAUUCCAAGGUUAAUUUUCAUCAGAAAUUAUUUCAGAAGUUUGAAAAAUUUCGAUUUUUCAUCAUUUUUGGCUGAAAAACGCGAAAAACUAAUUUGGACCUACAAUAUUUUUUCGACAUUUUUUGACUUUUCGUGAAUUGAUCUUUCGAUGUUAAAAAAAUUUUAAAACAUUUUUUUUCGUUCGUGAAUCAGCCCUAAUAAUUCCCUCAAAUUUCUCAAUUAUUCCACCUGUCUGCAUUUUUUUCUAAAAUUUUCAUUAGUUAUUUUCCAAUUUGACUCACUUAUUUUCCAAUUCAGUUCUCCAAACUGUUUUGAAAUUUUUCAAAAAUCAGAAAUGAGCAUUUUUCUUUUUUUUAAUAAUUUACAAAAAACGUGACCUAGAUUAUUUUUGAAUUUUUUUCAAAAGUUUUUUUUCCCAGAAAAAAUCUUCUGAAUUUUUUUAAUAAAGUUCCUCUUUUGUCUAACAUGAGCAAUGUUUCUCUGCGUCUCUCACUUUCUCUAGCUUCUGUGAGAGACGCAGAGAAACAUUGCUCAUCUUAACCGGAAAACUCGAUUUUUUUUAAUUUAUGAAAAUAAAUUCAAAAUUUAUUUUUUAAAAAAAAUUUUAAGUUUAUUUUAAAAAAAUUCAAAACCUUGAAAUUUUAUCAACCUGAACCCCAAAUUUAUCAUUAUUCUGCAUUUUCUGCGGGCGUAGUUGUGCUCAAAAUCACAUUAUGAUUCCCAACAAGAACUCCAUCUUGAACACAACCCCCUUCAGAAUUACAAAUCAAUUUUUGAUUAUUCUUGGUUGUCGCCGGUGUUGUUGUUGUACUAAAAGAAAGCCCGCCAUACUUUCCAAUACCCACACCAUUUUGAAUGCACCCUCCUUGAGAAUUACAAAUUGUGCCAACCGCUGCUCGCUUUUUCAAAUUCCUAUCACCACUAACAUCAAAAAAUGUCUGAUUUCUUCUAGUGAUUUUAGUUUGCUCAUCUCGAAUUGUUAAAAGUUCACCAUUCGCAAGAUUUGUCUCUUCUUUGGUGGAAGUUGUGGUUUUUUCACUGAUUUCGGUUUUGCUAGUCUUCCCAUAUCUAUCUUGCCGUGUAAUUGUUCUUUUCUUAUUCGUUAUUGUUUCUUCACUUUUUUUCGAAACCGGCUCAAAAUUCUGAUUUUCUUCACAUUCAUAAUAAACUCCAAUUGUGGAUUGUAUCAGUUGUUCCAUCGAAAGGUUCGAAUUCCAUCAGUGCAUUCAACAUAUUCAGUUGGGAGUUGAGAUGUUGAAAUUUCAGUUUCAGUUGAAUUUUGGACACUUCUGAAAUGCCACUUGUCAUGGUAAAUCAAAAAUAUUUAUCUCUAAAUCUCUCGUUUUCACGUUGACUUUAGGUUCACUUCUCAAAUCGUGUCAGGUCUCAAAAAAUUCGCGCUAUUUUUGAGGUAGUGAAUUCUAUUUUUUCUUAAAUUUAAGCUUCUAAGAAUUUUCUUAAGUUUAAGCUUCUAAGAAUUUCCUUAAGUUUAAGCUUCUAAGAAUUUCCUUAAGUUUAAGCUUCUAAGAAUUUCCUUAAGUUUAAGCUUCUAAGAAUUUUCUUAAGUUUAGGCUUCUAAGAAUUUUCUUAAGUUUAAGCUUCUAAUAAUUUUCUUAAGUUUAAGCUUCUAAGAAUUUUCUUAAGUUUAAGCUUCUAAUAAUUUUCUUAAAUUUAAGCUUCUAAGAAUUUACUACGUGAAAAACCCAAUUUUCACAAUUGUGAAAUAUUUUUCUGAAUUUUCUUCUUCUUUAAAACCUACCCAUAUGAAGCGGUGAUAAAUGCUAGAAAUAGAAAAAAUAUCAUUUUUUUUGUCUGUAUUUUAUCUAGACAGCGUCUAGCUUUUAAACAUAAUUUCAAAAUUCACAUGAAUAAUGUGUCUAUUUUUGUGUUAUGAGAGAAACGAUAAGUCUAGAGAAAAUUAUUGAAUUUGGUGGGCUUGAGGCCUCGAAAUUUUCGGGAAUAGAUCAACAAUAUUUUUCUCGAAUGUGUCAGAAAAUUCGUUAAGCUCAGGAAUUUUUUUGUACGAGUUCAGCACGUUUUGUGCAUUUGUACGCGUUCAGUCCUAUUAAGUACGCUUUCAAACUUAUGCGUGUACACGAUCAGUCUUUUUUAGCUGUCUUAUAUCAGGAACUGAACGCGUACAAAUGCAAAAAAGUGCUGAACGGGUACAAAAAAGGUGCAGAACUCGAACAAAAAAAUUCCUGAGAGUCAUAAACAAUUUUCAGAAAAUUCUGAACUCUUUUUUUUUCAGCUUGUCAACUUGUUCCGAGAUAUGCUAGCCGCCCCACGAGUUUAUCAAGAAAUGGACAGGUAUGACUACAAAUUAUUGGGAAAUAUUAAAAAACGCCUUGCGGAGUUAUAA